UGUAACGUCUCACAGGAAGGAAACAGGGUGAUUCCAAUUAAAAUCCUCGAAGACAGUUUCCUUCCAGAUUCCAAAAUUUCCAUAAUGAAGGCUCUUAUUCUCGUUGGAGGAUUCGGAACCAGAUUGAGGCCACUUACCUUCAGCAUGCCUAAACCACUUGUUGACUUUGGGAACAAACCCAUGAUUUUGCAUCAGAUUGAAGCUCUAAAAGCUGCUGGAGUGAGUGAAGUUGUAUUAGCUAUCAAUCAGCAACAGCCAGAGCUCAUGUUGAAUUUUGUGAAAGAGUAUGAGAAGAAGCUAGAGAUUAAGAUUACAUUUUCCCAAGAAACUGAACCGCUUGGGACUGCAGGGCCUCUCGCUCUGGCUCGGGAUAAGCUCCUCGAUGAGUCAGGCCAACCCUUUUUUGUACUAAACAGCGAUGUUAUCUGCGAAUACCCGUUGCUCGAGAUGAUCGAAUUUCACAAGACUAACUGCGCUGAAGCUUCAAUUAUGGUGACCAAGGUUGAUGAUCCUUCUAAGUAUGGUGUGGUGGUUACAGAGGAAGCUACAUCAAGAGUUGAAAGUUUUGUAGAGAAACCGAAUCAUUUUGUUGGGAACAAGAUUAACGCUGGGAUAUACCUCCUGAACCCAUCUGUUCUCGAGAGGAUAGAGCUGAGACGAACUUCGAUAGAAAAAGAGAUAUUCCCUAAGAUAGCCUCAGAGAAGAAGCUUUACGCGAUGGUGCUACCUGGUUUUUGGAUGGACAUUGGCCAGCCGAAAGAUUACAUAACCGGGCAAAGAAUGUACCUUAAUUCCUUAAGAGAGAAAUCUUCGCAGGAACUGGUCACAGGGGACGACAACAUAAUCGGGAAUGUUGUCGUGGAUGAGAGCGCGGCUAUAGGAGAAGGCUGCUUGAUAGGACCAGAUGUGGUGAUUGGUCCUGGAUGCGUGAUUGAUUCAGGUGUAAGAUUGUUUGGUUGUACUGUAAUGCGCGGUGUUCGGAUCAAAGAACAUGCGUGCAUCUCUAAUAGUAUAGUGGGGUGGGAUUCAACCGUUGGUAAGUGGGCUCGGGUUGUUAACGUAACAGUUCUUGGCAAUGAUGUUCAUGUCGCCGAUGCAGAGGUUUACAACAGCGGUGCUGUUAUCGAAGAGCAAGGUCUGUGAAAUUGGAGACGAGCUCUAGUAGAUUCUUACAAUAUAAAACAUUGAUUUGAUUAGUAGGAAUACUCAAAAACAAUAUUAAUAUUUAGGGAUCCAUCCUUAAAGCAAAGUUUAAUUAUACAGGUUUUUGAUA